UUGGGGCUUCUCCCCCCACCCCCCGAGAGCCCGAGAUGGAGAGCCGAAAGGACAUGGUUAUGUUUCUGGAUGGGGGUCAGCUUGGCACUCUGGUGGGCAAGAGGGUCUCCAAUUUGUCCGAAGCCGUGGGCAGCCCGUUGCCCGAGCCGCCGGAGAAGAUGGUGCCCCGCAGUUGCCUGAGCCCGCGGGCCGGUCCUCCGGCCGCCCGGGAGCGCGGCGGGGGAGGCCUGGAGGAGGAGCCGGUCGACGGACUAGCAGGCAGCGCUGCGGGCCCGGGCGCCGAGUCGCGGGCCGCCGGGGCGGCCGUGCUCGGCCCCGGACCUCCGGCCGCCUCCGCAGACAGCCUCUCGGGCCAGGGGCAACCCAGCAGCUCGGACACCGAGUCGGAUUUCUAUGAAGAAAUCGAGGUGAGCUGCACCCCGGACUGCGCCACGGGGAACGCCGAGUACCAGCACAGCAAAGGGCCUGGCUCCGAGGCACUGGCCAGCAGUCCCAAUGGCAGCAGCGAGGCCCCCAAAAGCAAUGGCAGUGGUGGCUCCCAGGGCACCCUGGCCUGCAGCGCUAGUGACCAGAUGCGACGGUACCGUACUGCCUUCACCCGGGAGCAGAUUGCACGGCUGGAGAAAGAAUUCUACAGGGAGAACUAUGUAUCCAGGCCUCGGAGAUGUGAGCUGGCGGCUGCCCUAAACCUGCCAGAAACCACCAUCAAGGUGUGGUUCCAGAACCGGCGCAUGAAGGACAAGCGGCAGCGGCUGGCCAUGACCUGGCCGCACCCGGCCGACCCCGCCUUCUACACGUACAUGAUGAGCCACGCGGCGGCCGCGGGCGGCCUGCCCUACCCCUUCCCGUCGCACCUGCCGCUGCCCUACUACUCGCCCGUGGGCCUGGGCGCCGCGUCCGCCGCGUCGGCCGCCGCCUCGCCCUUCAGCGGCCCGCUGCGCCCGCUCGACACCUUCCGCGUGCUCUCGCAGCCCUACCCGCGGCCCGAACUGCUGUGCGCCUUCCGCCACCCGCCGCUCUACCCGGGCCCGGCGCACGGACUGGGCACCGCGGCCGGCGGCCCCUGCUCCUGCCUCGCCUGCCACGGCGGCCCGGCCAACGGGCUGGCGCCCCGCGCCGCCGCCGCCGCCGCCGCCUCGGACUUCACCUGUGCCUCCACCUCCCGCUCGGACUCCUUCCUCACCUUCGCGCCCUCCGUGCUCAGCAAGGCCUCCUCCGUGGCGCUGGACCAGAGGGAGGAGGUGCCCCUCACCAGAUAA